AGGUAGCACCCGGAAAUCCAAUGUUGAGCCACGAAUGUGGUCCCUUCCUAUGCCGCCCACGACAACUGGAUCAGAUAGACAACCCAUCCACUUACCCUCGAACAAUAUAGAAUUAUCUUUGAGGUUUGUCUUUCUUUCUAAAGAUGAGUUGAUUUGUGCCAUUCAACUGUAUCACUUGCAACAAAAAGUUGAGUGUCGAACACCCAAAUCCUGCACUUCUAG